UUCGCGUAGAGUGGCGAGUGAGGUGGCCUUUUCUGCUCUGCACCACUCAAGUAGAACCGCGCACGGGACACUUUUGGCGCUGGAGGCUACGUAGAGCCGUAGGAAUUUAUCUUUCGUUUCGAUAUCCUCGGUAUCGUUUUGUGUUACAUAUUGUUUGCUGCCGGUGUAAGCUUGCGUGUGUUCUCUUCCAUUCUGCUCCAACUUCUCCAAGAUCGCUGUGCCGUCUAAUCGGCCGUUGCGAUAGAAACCGACGAGUGAGGUGAAAAAUCAGACCCAAACUAUCCGGUCAAGUAAAAGACAUUGCACGACAAACAUCACUUUGAAGGCAGACAAACCAUGGCGGAAGUAGUGGAAGAAGUUAUCGCUCAGAUACAGGAAAACUUAACCGUUGCUGGCGACCUGGAGGGAGGAGCGGCGACCAAUGGCACCACCAAGACCCCGUCGACCCCGGAGGGAAUGGCCCUAGCAUAUGGGACGCUGGUGGUGAUGGCCAUGCUCCCAAUCUUCUUCGGGUCCAUGCGCUCCGUCAAGCACCACAAGGAACAGUCGACGGCCUUCGCGAAAACGGGCGAAAAGCCCGACACGAUGUCGUCCAAGGAUGCUAUGAUGUUCCCCAUCAUGGCCUCGUGCGCGCUUUUCGGGUUGUACAUGUUCUUCAAGAUAUUCUCGAAGGAUAACAUUAACUUCCUGCUCACGGGAUACUUCUUCUUCCUCGGCGUGAUGGCCCUGUCGCAUCUGCUGAGUCCGGUUAUUAGCUCGCUGAUUCCGGCCUCGAUUCCGAAGAUUCCCUACCACCUCUCGUUCGUCCAGGGUCCACCGGAGGGUGGCGAUAAGAAGAGCAAGGAGAAGAAGUACCUAAUCGACUACCGCUUCACGACGCACGACGUCGUGUGCUUCAUUGUGGCGUUGGUCAUUAGCGUGUGGUACCUGCUUCAGAAGCACUGGAUUGCCAACAACCUGCUCGGGCUAGCGUUCGCCGUAAACGGCGUUGAAUUGCUGCACCUCAACAACAUCGCCACAGGAUGUAUUCUUCUGUGCGGUCUGUUCGUGUACGAUAUCUUCUGGGUUUUCGGUACGAACGUGAUGGUGACGGUGGCAAAAUCGUUCGAGGCGCCCAUCAAACUCGUGUUCCCGCAGGACCUUAUCACGAACGGUCUUUCCGCGUCCAACUUUGCCGUGCUCGGUCUCGGAGACAUUGUAAUUCCGGGCAUUUUCAUUGCGCUUCUGCUGCGCUUCGACAACAGCCUGAAACGGAAGAGUAACACCUACUUCUACGCAACGUUCACAGCCUACUUUGUGGGGCUGCUGGCCACGAUUUUCGUGAUGCACGUGUUUAAGCAUGCACAGCCAGCUCUGUUGUAUUUGGUUCCGGCUUGUCUGGGAACGCCACUUCUGCUCGCACUACUUAAGGGAGACAUUAAAACUUUGUUGGCGUACGAGGACCACCCAGAGGAGAAAGUGAAGGAAACGAAAAAUGCGGAAAAGUCCGCACCGCAGGUGAAAAAGGAAACGAAAAAGAAGGAGGCUAAAAAGGCAAAAUGAAUGCGAUCUCAACCCCACUGACUCUCCCUCAGCCAAUUGUUUCCCUCCCUCCCGCAACCAACCAACGGACAUUCUAAGGUCCGAUCUUCCGGCUCGUCAGCAUACAGCAUGUUACAAACGAAACUGAUCGAAACGAUUGUGUCCCAAUAAGUGCAAAUAUUAAGUAACGGGCCAUUUCUCUGGCAAACAAUCAGAGUGUAAAAUAACGAUCCAGGAUUGUAGCAUAAAUAAUAUACUGAUCUACCCAAUCUAUCUUCUUCCUAAAAUUCGGCAGUUACAGGAAGCUCCGCAUGUUAACUUUAUUAGAAUAUUUUUGGGUUGCCUAAUUGUUAGUUAGUUUUGGGAUUUUUGUUUCACGUUCAUCGCUUUUGCGUCUUUCAACUGCCUUUUGCAAAUAAGUUUCUUUUUGUUUGUAAAAGUUAUCGAUAAUCAGUGCAAUCUAAACGUAUUCCAUCAGCACAAAUACAAUUUACUUACGCGAACGUGGCGUACCGCUUAAGCAUAAGGUUGGAGAAUUCUAGCAAUCAAGACAGUUUUCACUGAAAAACAGUCAAGCGUUCGAUCUGAGCUGAUAGUGGGUUUUUUCUUCCGACUGAAAAACGUUAUUAUUUGACUGAGAAACACUCGAGUGAGAGUGUUUGAAUAACGCAUGUUUCCGCUGUAAGUGUGUUUUGCGUUCUGACGCACAGUAAGGAAAGAAGUAGGGUUUAAAGUGUAGGUAAAUUUUGAUAAAAUGCGACAGUAGGAAAACCAUUCGACAGCAGCAGCAUCCACUGAGAAGUAGGAUGUAAAAGAAACAAACAUUAAUGCUUAUCCAGAUGGUCAUCCAUUUCGGAAAGUAUUAACCCCUAAAAUGCAACCAAUUAAGCUAUGGAUGAGCGAUGCACAUAAAGUAUUUUAAUCUCCGAAGGAUGCUUUAUGAAUAAAUCAACGAUCAUGCGUGGUGAUCAAAUGUUCACACUUCAAUUUGUUUGUUUUCUUUACC